CCUAGUUCCUGUUUUGAACUGGCGCAGAUUGUUUUGAACAGCUAGGUUAGAUUUCUUUUGCCACAUACCAUUUUCACCUGAGUCAGAGAAACGCAAGCCAGCUGCAGUCGCUACCACCACCAUCAUGUCAGACAAAGGUGCAUUUGAUACCAAUGUUGUCACCCUUACGCGAUUUGUACUGGAGGAAGGGAGGAAAGCCAAAGGGACGGGAGAACUGACAACGCUUCUCAAUUCACUUUGCACAGCCGUCAAAGCCAUCUCGACGGCCGUCAGGAAAGCUGGCAUUGCCAACCUGUAUGGCAUUGCAGGCAGCACCAAUGUUACCGGAGACCAGGUGAAGAAGCUGGACAUUCUUUCCAAUGAUCUGGUCAUUAACAUGCUCAAGUCCUCCUUCACCACCUGUGUUCUAGUCUCGGAGGAAGACGAGCAAGCCAUCAUUGUGGAUCCUGACCAGAGGGGUAAAUAUAUUGUAUGCUUUGAUCCUCUUGAUGGCUCUUCAAACAUUGACUGUCUUGCUUCAAUCGGCACCAUUUUUGCUGUGUACAGAAAGACCACGGAUGGUGAACCCAAUGAAAAGGAUGCUUUACAACCAGGACGGAACAUUGUGGCAGCGGGUUAUGCCUUGUAUGGCAGCGCCACAAUGAUGGUGUUGUCCGCUGGAAAUGGUGUCAACUGCUUCAUGCUUGAUCCAGCUAUUGGAGAAUUCAUUCUGGUGGACCAAAAUGUGAGGAUUAAGAAGAAAGGAAAGAUUUACAGUCUUAAUGAAGGAUAUGCCAAGUAUUUUGACCCUGCGGUUACAGAGUACAUACAGAAGAAGAAAUUUCCUGAGGAUGGUAGUGCCCCUUAUGGUGGGAGAUACGUAGGCUCCAUGGUUGCUGAUGUGCAUCGUACCCUAGUAUAUGGAGGCAUCUUCUUGUACCCAGCCAACACCAAGAGCCCCAAAGGAAAGCUGAGACUCCUGUAUGAAUGCAACCCCAUGGCCUACAUCAUAGAGCAGGCUGGAGGAAUGGCCACAACUGGAAGUCAGGAUGUGUUGGACAUCAAACCCGAUUCCAUUCACCAGCGUGUGCCUGUGGUGCUGGGCUCCCCAGACGAUGUGCAGGAAUACAUCGACAUUUUCAAGAAACACGCCAGCAAGUGAAGCUGGAAACAAUUCGGGUGUGACUGAGAACUACUCGAAGGCAGGCUAUGCAGCUGGACCAAAGAGGAAAGCUAUACAACACAG